AUGGACAAACUCAAGGCAGGCAUUCUGAUCGUCUCCGACACGGCCUCUCAGGACCCCGCGUCGGACCAGACGGCCUCCGCUCUUACUCCCAUCUUGACCGCAGAGGGGAAGUGGGAAUCCCCCGCAAUCAAGAUCGUUCCCGACAACGUGUUCCACAUCCAACAGUCGGUUUGCGACUGGACCGAUGGACCCAAUUGGUAUAACCUGAUUCUGCUCAGCGGUGGGACCGGCUUUGCAGUCCGAGAUAACACCCCCGAGGCCGUCUCUCCACUGAUACACCGGCAUGCGCCGGGACUAGUCCAUGGCAUGAUUGCCGCUUCGUUGAAAGUAACGCCAUUUGCCAUGAUGUCCAGACCAGUUGCUGGUGUACGCGACAAGACCUUGAUAAUUACUUUACCUGGGUCCCCAAAGGGAGCUGUGGAAAAUCUCGAAGCUGUUGUAAAGCUUCUGCCUCACGCUUGUCUUCAAUCUGCCGGAGCAAACUCUCGAAAUAUGCAUGCCGCUGGUGUGAAAUCACUGGAGGUCGAAGCUGGCGUUUCGGCUGGCGUUUCGUCUGGCGUUUCGUCUGGCUCAUCCGUCCCAAAGGCACGCACUGCUCCCCAGUCAAAUGACCCUUCCGCGGGCCCUGGUCGACGGUACCGUUCUUCACCAUAUCCCAUGCUUUCCGUGGAGGACGCUCUCUGCGAGGUUAGCGAGCACACUCCCGCGCCCAUCGUCAUUGAAGCCCCCGUGAACACAUCAGUCGUGGGGUCUGUCAUCGCUGAAGACAUCUACGCCGCCGAGGCGGUGCCGGCAUACCGUGCCAGUAUCGUUGACGGCUACGCCAUCAUUGCCUCCGAAGGUGCAAGCACGAACGGCACUUUUCCCGUAGCAUCAAUCACUCAUGCCAACGUCGGCGGUGCCCUAGAGCCAUUGCAAUCGGGAACCAUUGCUAGAAUUACAACCGGUGCGCCUCUGCCUCCGAAUGCGAAUGCCGUAGUCAUGGUCGAAGACACCGAGUUGGCCACCACCACCCCCGAUGGCAACGAAGAAGCGACCGUCCACAUCCUAGCGGAGGAUAUCCUUCCUGGCGAGAACGUCCGCGAACCUGGCAGCGACGUUGCUCUCGGAUCGAAGAUUUUCGCGCGCGGAGAUAUCAUCUCUCCCGUCGGCGGCGAGAUCGGUUUGCUUGCUGCCACCGGCACCCGGACCGUCAAGGUAUUCAAGAAGCCCACAGUAGGCGUUCUGAGUACUGGAGACGAACUUGUGGAGCACGACGAUCCCCGCACUCUCACUGGUGGGCAGAUCCGGGACUCAAACCGACCCUCUCUGCUCUCAUGCCUUAAAUCAUGGGGCUUCCAAACAGUCGACCUCGGCAUUGCACGCGACACACCCGCCGGUGAACUAGAGCAUGCCCUGCGUGACUCACUGCGCGGCGUUGGCCGCGCCUCUUCCAGUGUCGAUGUGAUCGUCACAACCGGCGGUGUAUCAAUGGGCGAGCUGGAUCUCCUCAAACCUACCAUCGAACGGUCACUCGGCGGUACAAUUCACUUCGGUCGUGUUUCCAUGAAGCCUGGAAAGCCCACUACCUUCGCAACAGUGCCCUUCAAGGCAGCUGCUACCGACUCAAGGGUGACCACUCAGCAAGAACGCCAAUCUAAACUCAUCUUCUCUCUCCCCGGAAACCCUGCCUCCGCUCUCGUCACUUUGAACCUGUUUGUGCUUCCCUCGCUGCACAAGCUCUCUGGUCUUGGCGAGAGCUCGCAGGCAUUGGCUACGAAGCCCUGGCUGGCACCGCACCUCGGUCUGCCGCGUGUGGCCGUCGUCUUGACACAUCACUUCCCUCUUGACCCCAAGCGUACGGAGUAUCACCGCGCCGUGGUCACAGGCUCCCGCUCGGACGGUCGCCUGUAUGCCACUAGCACUGGCGUUGAAGGCGUGGGACAGCGCAGCUCGCGCGUGGGCAGCCUCGUUUCCGCGAAUGCCUUGGUAGUCCUGCGCGCCGGACGUGGCGUGUGUAUCAAGGGCGAAAUCGUGGAGGCGUUGAUGAUGGGAAGUGUCUACGGAUCCGACACCCGAAUCAUCUGCUAA